CAGCACAGAUAGAACAAGGACAUAGUUAUAAAUAUAUUUAUUGGGAGGUUCCAAUUAAAGAUGAUUCACAAUUUAAUGACAGCGUUUUCGAGGUGUGAAACUGUGGUUUCCUAUGAUUAGAAAGUAUUUUAUUGACUUUGGCUUUGAUUGAGUCUGGCCUAAACAACAGGCUGUUUUUAUUUAAUAAUUUUAUUUUGAACGCUUGAAAGUCCCGGAAGAGGUGCUGCAUGUGUCUUGCAGAGACCGCGGGAAAAUGUCGUUAUUUCCUGCUCCCUGAAGAAGGUUGUCGAGUCGUCGCGACAGUGAUUGUAAACAGAUGAUAAAGAAUAAUAACAUGCUAAACAACAUUCUUAGAAUCGAUUGUCAUAUGGUACAUCUCUGAGCCAUUGAUUGAGCAUCAGGAGAAUGGAGGGGGAUUUGAUGGAUGAAGUGUAUGGUGACCUCAGCCAAGACCACCAUAAUACCACACCAGCUUUCAAUGAAGACUCUGUGGAUAUUUAUUUUGGUUUAGAAAGUCCAAAGAUGAAUUCGAACGCAGAAAGGAAUUACACACUCCUCUCACCACAGAAUCUGAAAUAUAUGGAUUUGUAUGAAGAAAUCAUAACAGAAGAACAGCAGGAUAGAGAGUCUUCCUACAAUGAGUUGAGGACCAGAUUCAAUGCAGCACAAAGCCAAGUUGAUGAGUUAAUGAGAAGGUUGCAGCAGACUGAAACACAGAAUACAACGCUGAACACCGAGAACAGCCGCCUGAAGAAGAACAUCUGUGCGCUCAUCAAGACCGCUAAAAUGGAGGUUGUGCGGAAGGACGAGGAGAUAAAUAGGUUGAGCCAAAGUUUCAGGCCAAGGAGGGGUCCUGUAGUUCACCAUCAAUCUCAGAUGAACUGCCUGAGAAAUCCAAUUCCAAACCGACUGAAUCCUACGGGGCCGUCUCAACUUAGCCAACCACAAGUUCCAAACCGACUGAAUCCUACGGGGCCGUCUCAACUUAGCCAACCACAAGUUCCAAACCGACUGAAUCCUACGGGGCCGUCUCAACUUAGCCAACCACAAGUUCCAACCCGACUGAAUCCUACGGGGCCGUCUCAACCUAGCCAACCACAAGUUCCAAACCGACUGAAUCCUACAGGGCAGUCACAACCUAGCCAACCACAAGUUCCAACCCGACUGAAUCCUACUGGGCCGUCUCAACUUAGCCAACCACUUGUUCCAACUAGACAGAAUAUUACAGGGCAGCCUCCACCAAGUCAACCCCCGGGUCCUAGACAGGAUUGUGUUGUAAAGGAUCUUAGCCAGCUACUCUGUAAAGACAGAGAUGUGGUCCACCCCCUUCUCCCUCCAACCCCCUCUGAUGCAACAGUUUUCCGACCACCUCUUCCUGAUACAACAGUUGUCAGACCACCUCUUCUUGAUGCAACAGUUCUCAGACCACCUCUUCCUGUCACUUCAAAGACCGCUAAAGGAGAUUCAGAAGCUCCAGUGAAACGCACUGUUGGUAGUUCCAGCCAGGACUGUGUGAAUAGACACCCUACACGUGAACUUGACCCGUCAGACGAGCCGAAACAAACCAAGCACAGAGAAGGCGGAGGUGGAAAUCCGAGGCUGUCCGACUCAAAUGAGCAGCGAAAAUAUAACUCCAAGUCAAGCAGAUGCCCUCGUCUCUCAGAUGUUGAGGUACGCAGGAGAUCAGAGCGGGCCAAAAAUCCAACCUCUGACAUUUUGCAUUGCACUGCUUCCUCUGACCGCACUUCCGAAGGAUUGUCUAAAGAUUGUGCAGCCUAUCAAUCAAAAGGUUCUAGUCGGCAUUAUCAGGAGCUCAGGCGUGAUAAGGGUGAUGGUAAUAGGCAUAGUAGAGGUACUAAAGACAUUUCCUCUAACAGAAAGCAUGCCUGUGAAUCUUUUAAUCGCAAGGGAGGGACAAGUCCUCCAAGGGACCGUCAAAGGAAAGAGGAGAGAAGAAGAGAGGAUGAGGUCAGAAAAGAAAAGAAUACAUCAAAAAAAUCAGGAGAAAGAAAAAGCACUUGUACAGAGAGAAGAAGAACAAAGGAAAGUGGCCGAUGCAGUAAGGACAAGACAAUGGACGACAGUAAAGUCGGGGGGCAAAGGACUGGUGAGAAGUCUGAAUUUCUUCCAUCUGAGGCUAAAGUGGCUGCGAAAAGCUCUGUAGAGGAAACUGGUCCAAACAGAAAGUUAAGUUUCAUGGAAACUCUGAAUCUUACCCUGUCACCAGUUAAAAAACCAAGACAGCGUGCUGAAACCAAGGAACGGGAGGGCACACCACCUGAGGAAGUUUCUGAAGACCAGUCAGCGGAAGACAGUGGACAGCCUGAUCUCGACAAGUUACUCAUCUUAGACGAAAUCAACAGCAGUGUGGUAGAGACCGACGAGGUAUUUGAGGACCCAGUGGUACAGCCCACUUCAGAAAUCCCAAUGCCUUCGGAACCUGGAAGUAUUGACCUUAGACAUACAGACAAAGAACCUUGUCAGGAUGCUAACAAAGGUCUGACUGAGGCCACAGUGGCCAAAAAGCAACCUAAGUGCCAGUUAGAAGUGGAAGACACUAUUGUCCAAGGUGUCUCUGAAGGUAAGCCUGAGCUGCCGGAGGCCACAGUGGAUCAGAGGACUGAACCCACCACACCAGAACCUCUCAGGGAGGUUUGUGUUUCAGCUCCAGACUGUGCCAUUGUUUUGAGAACUCCACUGAAAAGCAGACCUGAAGAAUGUGCCUCUGCGAAUAAAUCGAGUGAGUCUGAGGAUUUUACUGCUGCUGCUGUCACUGCUCUUACUGUGGCUGGGAAUUGUGGAAACAAUUCAAAUACUGACACUGGCCUAUCGUCUAACGGAUUUACCCCUGACCAUUCAAAGGAAAAUGUAGUUCUUAUUACUGACAAUCGGGUGUGUAAGCCAAACGGUAAAACUCCCAGUGCUUUGGUCUGUGAAAGUCAAGCUGUUGAAACUGUGACACAUGUUCCACCCGCUGCUGUCUGUGUGGGACACCCUGCUGUUGAAGGUGUUUCAGGAAAAGAACCAUCGGAAUCUCUGCAAUUGCCACUGCCUGCCUCUGUUAUUUCAACCUCUAGUCUAGACGUGACAGCAGAGGUGCAAGAUAUUUCCAAGCAUGGUGUUUCCAGUACGAUUAGCAUGGAGGUAAUUCCAGAGAUCUGCAUUCCAUCUGAGAUCGUUGAAGAUGCCACAGAGAUACCUCUGGAGUGUGAGAAAGAGCGAACUGUUGUGGAACAAGGUUCACCGUUGAGCGGUUUUGAAGUGUCUAAGGUGAGCAGCACAACGGGAGAGGUUGCACCAUCAGCACAGCACAACAGUGGCUUGUCACAAACGCCAAAAAAGUCCCUUGAUUCUGAGCCAAGUCACACAGAGAAUGAGGACAUGAAUGUUGAGCCCUCUAGCUCCAUUCCAUUGGCCCAUGAUGAGAACUCGAUGAUGCUUACACUGGGCAGCCUUAAAGGUAUUCCAGAUGCCAUCAGCCCACUCACAAGCCCAGUCCGUCCAAUGAGGAAAAGCCAUCAGCCGCCAUGUCACAGCAAACCCGCUUACGUCAAGAGUCUUCGCAAAGAGUUUACCAGUGCUGCUGGGGAUCCCAAUUCAAAGAAGUUAGAUGUGAAUAUGGAGAACAAGAAUCCUGGCCGCUCCAUUGCAAGUGCUACACAACAAGCUGUGGAUCGGGCUUCUGUCCGUUCUUCCAGCCCUGAGGAUGAAUUGGAAGAGGGUGAAAUCCUUAGUGAAGGGGAAGAAACGCCAAGUUCUCCAGCCAAAACGGUUAGGCCCACAAGCCCGGUUAAAAGUCAACAAAUUCCCAAGUCAUCCCCUAGGCUUUCCAAGAAGUCUCUUGAAGAGAAAGGGAAUUCUAAACUCUUAAGUAAAACCUUGAUUUCACCAGUUAGAAGCCCCAUGUCAAAAUCUCGCUAUAAAACGGUUCAACCUCCGUUACCCAAAGCUGCCUUGUGUACCGUGGAGGAGGUUAUGGCCAUGUUUGUAAAGAUCCGCUAUGCGUGCAGGAAAAAGUACAUGAAGCUUCGUUCAACCUUCUCUAAGGAACGCUUCUGCGGUGUUAUGGACAUGUCCCUUGACUCUUUUACAGACUUUGUUGAUAGUGUCAGCUUUACUAAACUAUGCAGCCAAGAAGAUGACCUCAAAGUGAAAUUGAAGAACAACAUAAUGUCUGUUUUGAGUAAGUUAUCAAAUAAUGGCAUUGUCAACCGCAUCUUUGACCAGGAACCACUUAAUAUGAAGUCGAAACUGUGGGAAUUUGUGAAUGUGCAGUUAGACUUCUUAUUCAAGGAAAUUCAGACUGCUCUGAGAAGUGUUUGCAAAUCCUCAAAUGGAAACCAGUCUGCAGGAGCUGAAAAAAGGGACUUGAGUCUCUCCAAGCAGCCAGUGAAGUCCCCCAAGCAGCCAGUGAAGUCCCCCAAGCAGCCAGUGAAGUCCCCCAAGCAGCCAGUGAAGUCCCCCAAGCAGCCAGUGAAGUCCCCCAAGCAGCCAGUGAUGUCAUCGGUGUCCACAGCCUCUAAACUUAAAAGACCGCAGGGAGCGGUGCAAAAAACGAAUUGUGUGUCCAGAACAUCUGCAAGUAAAAGACCGCAAGAGGAAUUAACAGACUGUGUUGAACCCAACAUAAAAAGAAACAGGGCUCAGACUCUCCCCCCUUGCAAAACCGGUCUUGGAAGAGGAAAAAAUAUUAAAAUGUCAUUUGAAGAAGACAAGGAAUCAGAGCCUCAAACCUCAGAUCAUCCUCUUAUGCAACCUCCUUUGCAACACGGGUUAGAGAUCUUAUCAUCAAACAGCCCUUCGUCUGCUGAGAAAACGGCUGCCUAUGUUCGCCGGCUGUCUCAAAAUGGCUCACUCCAUGACAAGUCUGACUUCGAAAUCCUCACAGAACAGCAAGCCUCCAACCUAACAUUCAACCUGGUGACAGACUCCCAGAUGGGAGAGAUCUUCAAGUGUCUGUUACAAGGGUCUGAUCUGCUAGAAACUAAUGUCUCAGCUGGGGACAAUCACGGCUGGCCUCUUGGUACUCCUCGGAAAGGAGAGCGCUUCCGAGGCGUUACCACCCCAAGCAAAGUUUGUACCACAACCAAAGUUGGUUCUCCCUCUAAAGUCAUUGCCACAUGGUCUUCUAUUUCACCUUGCAAGUUUUCCUCUCCAAAUUCAAAAGUCCAAAUUCCACUAAAUCCAGCUUUGUUGGAUGAGAGUUGCAUGUUGGAGGUGCCCUCCAGCCUACCAGAAGACAAAAUGACAUUGCAGUCCAGUGUGUUCUCGCAGAGAUCUUAUUCCAUUUUGGCAGAAGAUCUGGCUGUCUCCCUCACAAUUCCUUCACCUCUCAAGUCUGACAAUCACCUCAGCUUCUUGCACCCAGCCAGCGUGGAGCCCAUGGCUGCUCCAGAUAGUGUCAUCAGUGCACAUUUCAGUGAGGAUGCUCUUAUGGAUGGGGAAGAUGCUACAGAGCAGGACAUUCACCUUGCCCUGGACACAGACAACUCCAGCGGUGCGUCAAGCGGUGGUGGCAGGACUAGGGAGGCUCCUGUUAACCCCCUGUUUCACUUCAAGCCUCACUUGCCCAUGCAGGCAGUAGUGAUGGAGAAGUCAAAUGAUCAUUUCAUUGUGAGGAUACGGCAUGCAAACACCAGCCCAGACAUCAACUCCAACAACUCAGGUGUCAACUUCACCAACCUAGGCAUCAACUGCACCAACCCAGGCAUCAACUUCUCCAACCUAGGCAACAACUCCACCAGCCUAGUGGUCAACCCCACAUGCCGAGGAAUUAAAUCAACAAGCCAAGGAGUCAACUCUUCAAGCCCAGGAAGUGUAAACUCUACCUACCCAGGAAAUAACUCUACCAACAAAGACACAAACUCAAGCUACCCAUGUGUCAACUCCACAAGCCCACAAGUCAACUGCACCAACCCAGUUAUCUACCCCAUACGUGCAGACAUCAAUCCAAGGGCUGUCUCAGGCCCUCAAACACCACCAGGAGAAGAACAACAUGGCAAAGACCAAGGAAAAACUCCUUCGAAAACCCAUUUUUCAGAGGCCAGUCCUCCUUUCUACCUUUCCACAGGCACCGAAACAGCAUCUGCGCUGUCUUCACCAUGCCUCACCAUCAUAGAAGACACACCGGAGAGGGACCACAGCAAGGGUAAGACGGGGAAAAAGCGGACAAGGCACCACGUCGAAAUGAAAGCAAAGCGGCCUAAAAAGGACGUGAUCCCUGAGAAGAUCAAGCAUAAAAAUAAGUCCUCAAAAAGGGCCAAAGGAAAGGAGACUAGAAGCUCCAAGAGCGAGAGAAGUAAAGUCACUACUCCACCCCAAUCUACCCCAUCACCCAACAGCCUGUCUGCCAAGAAUAUCAUCAUAAGAAAGGGGGCAGUGGUGGUGACUUGGACAAGGGAUGAAGACCGAGAUAUUCUCCUCGCGCUGAAGAUGAAAGGUGCCUCUCCAGAUACUUUCUCUUCCCUAUCGGAGAAGAUGAACAAGACACCCGCUCAGAUCGCAGAGAGAUUUUCCCAGCUGAUGAAGCUUUUUAAGAAGAAGAAGAUGGCAAGUUGACUUUCUAGAAUCGUAGAAUUUUUCUUCAUUCAAUGAAGAUUUCGUGUACUAUGCUUUUUUUUUAUUUUUUUAACUCAGAUGUCGCAAGGUCAAGGCUCAAAUUUCCCAUUUGAUGAAUGAGCAGAAGCAGAUCAUCUGAAUUUGAUCCCUGGAAUUGAUGGCCCUGGAACAUAUGAAGGCCAAACCAACUAGAUCUCAAACUGAAUUGUUUUUGUUUUUUGUUUGUUUGAUGGGUGGUCAGCAAGGAUCAGAAUAUCCUUGAGGUAACAUCCACACAGGCUUCAAUGUAUCAUCUCCCCACAGCGUUAAAUCCGAUCUACCAUGUUGAUCCUGGGCAAUAUCCCAUAUCAACUUCACAACUCUUAAUAUGCCCCAGCAAGUUUAUACCGUACGUGGAGUUAAACACUGCUGCAAUCAUACAUUUAAUCUGAACUAAUUGACACAUUUUUAGCAGUAAAUGGGGAGUUGUCUCUGAUACUUUUAUGGAGCAUUGUCGUAUGUACUAAAGUUACUUUUUAUACAACGUCUGGGGGGGGGUUGUUUGGAAUUAAAGAUUGGAACUACAAUUCAGGUCACAUUUAUAUCUUAUUAAAUGCUGUAAGGUCACAUGGCAGAAAGUACAUUUUACUGUACGGUAUGUCAACAGUAUUCUAUUUUGGAUAUAUAUUGUACUGACUUCAAGAUGGUCAGUUAAAUGAAUAAAUAAGGCGUACACGUUCAAUUUUAUGUACGAUUCAAGGUGGUAUGUUUAUAGAAAUUAAGGAUUUUAAGGGGAACAUUUCCUGUCAGAUUUUUGGUUGGUUGGUUUUGGAUGAGUGACUACCUGGUUAAACAAAUGUACACUGUAUAUUGUGCAUAUUUUGGUUUUGUAAAUAAAGUGUAUUUAUUUAA